AUGGCCAACGUUGUGGAUACCAAGCUAUACGACAUCCUCGGAGUUUCACCCUCCGCCUCCGAGAACGAGCUAAAGAAGGUACGUGACUUGUGUUAUUAUGGUUAACAAAAUAACACCACCACAGUGCCUACACACACACACACAGACAGACAUGUUUGUGAAUAAUUAGACAGCAAAACAGGGUUGAUGUGGCCUUGCCAACACUGUUCAGAUGCUAAGCUAACUAGCCUUGCGAGUUAGACAGUGCAUAUUUCUGGAGCAAAUAUAUAAUGAAAAGCUAGCUGUGUCUUUCUCUUAUUGACAACUCGAUCUAAGGUAGCUAGCUAACUAGUUAGCUGUUAGGAAUUUGGUUAGAUUUAUUUUAUACCUGGGAAACUAAUGUUAGGCCUUCCUUAAUGCAUAGAAAAGUAACGUUCGUUAUCCCAGGCAGAGACCGAUCGUUGCUAGACGGUACACUGGAGACUGCUGCUCGAAGUUAGCUGCAGUACAGCGUAAGGAAAACAAAACUGCAACGUUAGCUGCAGUAGCUAGCUGGUUUAACGUUAGCGUGAGGAAAACAAAGCUGUCAGAGUAGAAACAUAGCGGUACUAGUUCGGCUAUGUGUUAGCUAGCUAGCUACAGUAGUUAGCUAUAGCCGGUUAGUACAUACGAUUAGAAUGUAUCUCAUUUGUCUGGUUAGCCUAUUAGCUAGCUGGAAGAUUUUCAGAUUCACCAAGUGUUGCUCUUGCCGCAGCAGCAGUGUAAAGCUACGCAGUUAGAAAAAUGUUGGCCCUAUAACAGCCCAGAGACAGUAACUGAUGUAGUUAUGUCUCUUUUGUGUGUGCAGGCAUACCGAAAGUUGGCCAAAGAGUACCACCCUGAUAAGAACCCAGAUGCCGGGGACAAGGUAAGAGGCAGGUGGUUAUACACACAACACAAUCACAACAUGUGACACAGCACACAACGAAUCACAACACCACACAUGCAACACACUAAACACGCCACAUCACGAUCACCAGCCAUGGUAGUACCAUUACACAGGCCUAUCUGUAUUGAGCAGUAACCAAGACGGGUAUUAAUUGACUUUGGUAUUACUCAAAUGGCCUCCUGUCCAGAGCAGGAGUGCACCUGGCUAGUCUGUACAGGCUCCUUCUCUCUCCUGGUCUCAUCUGAUUCAUCUACAGCACUGACUUGAGAGAACUGGCAGGUGAAAGCCAAUUCCCAACCGGCAUGUUCUGCAUCUCUCAACUGUCCUGUGUAACAUCAGUGCAGAUGGACGAGGAGAGGAAAGUAAACCACAUUAGACUAUUGAGAUGGGAGGGGAGUAUCUGUGAGACAACUGCAUGUGGUGAUUGUUCAUGCAGAUUUAAAGUAAACAGUGGGAAAAUGUCACCUGAGGUUUUAGAAUGUCUGUGGGAGGUAGUUAUGAUAAAGAAUGGCAGGUCCCUAAUGGUUCACCCCUUCUCUCCCAGUUUAAGGAGAUCAGUUUUGCUUAUGAGGUGCUGACCAAUCCAGAGAAGAAGGAGCUGUAUGACCGCUAUGGUGAGCAGGGACUGCGGGAGGGAGGUGGUGGAGGGGCUGGUAUGGACGACAUCUUCUCCCACAUCUUUGGAGGGGGGCUGUUUGGCUUUAUGGGGGGGCAGGGACGUGGAGGGGGAGGACGCAACGGGGGACGCAGGAGAGGAGAGGACAUGGUGCACCCCCUCAAGUGAGUGACAGUUACUCUCCCUUCACUUCUCUAGUCUUCCAUCCAGACAUUGUUGGUUAUGCCUUACCUAACCCUGCCUACCUGUCUAACAGAGUUUCACUGGAAGACCUCUACAAUGGUAAAACAACCAAACUACAGCUCAGCAAGAAUGUCCUGUGUGCUUCCUGCAAUGGGUGAGUCUACACACUUUUAAAGAAUGUAUUUCAUGUGAAGUACCGGGCUACUCCACUUUUUUAAAUAAAUCACAUCUUUAACAUGAGCUAUAUUGAUUAAUGUGAUACUUUACUCCUGUCUUUGGUCCGUCUCCAGUGCGGGGGGUAAAGCGGGGGCGGUGCAGAAGUGUGUGGCCUGCAGAGGGAGAGGCAUGAGGAUCAUGAUCAGACAGCUGGCUCCUGGCAUGGUCCAACAGAUGCAGUCAGUCUGCACAGACUGCAACGGAGAGGGUAGGACAACAGACAUUCACAUAGUCUGCAAUUUUAUGAAUACACUAUUGAAACACAUUUUUUGAUAGGAAACUAAUCCGUCUGAUGUUUUUGUGUAGGGGAGGUGAUCAGUGAGAAGGACCGCUGUAAGAAGUGUGAGGGUCGUAAGGUGAACAAGGAGACCAAGCUGUUGGAGGUCCAUGUUGAUAAAGGCAUGAAACACGGCCAGAAGAUCAGCUUCACAGGAGAGGCUGACCAGGCCCCAGGCACUGAGCCUGGAGACAUACUACUGGUCCUACAGGAGAAGGAGCAUGAGGUAAUAAUCUCUCUCAUUCCCUCACUCACUCACACACUGUAGCAGAGAGUACUUGAAGACUUAAACAAACUACUGGAAACCUCUACUAGUGAAGUGUUUGGAAAUUCCUUAGGUUCCUCCAUGAAGGUGGCCCUCAAUUCACAUCUCCUGAGUUUGAGACAUUCCUGAAACUCUCGCCCACUUGUCAUUCAGAGAGGUUAGAUCAAAGUACUGAGAAAGUGUUCAUUGUGUGUGUGUGUUCUGCAGGGGUUCCGUCGUGAUGGCCAUGACCUCCACAUGACGCAGCGUAUCGGCCUGGUGGAAGCUCUGUGUGGCUUCCAGCUGGCAGUCACACACCUCGACGGACGCCAGCUCGCUGUCAAAUAUCCCCCCGGCAAGGUUAUAGAGCCAGGUACACACACACCACCACAAGUAUAUAUCUAUUUGGUCCGACCUGUAUCAUUAAAUUGAUGAUUGUGUGUGUUUGUGUCAGGUUGUAUCCGGGUGGUGAAGGGAGAGGGGAUGCCUCAGUACAGGAACCCCUUUGAGAAGGGAGAUCUGUUCAUCAAGUUUGACGUCCAGUUCCCUGAAAACAACUGGAUCAGCCCUGAGAAACUCUCCGUGAGUACCUCUAAGAACCAAAUGGCCUGCCUAAGGUGCCCAACCACUUAGUUCACAGUCCAAGACAUUACUCAUUGUCUCAACCAUCACUUUGUCUACAUGAUUGUACUGAGCAGGGUUUCCAUUAGGAAAAUGAAGAGCCGCCGGACAUUUGACUGGUAGCAUUUUAAUUUACCGUACAUUCUAAGAAGUUACCGGUCCCAUAUGCAUUGGGUGCAUAACCUAAUUAGGGCGUCAACCCACAGUGCUCAGAAUGACAGAAAUCACAUUUAGAUUAUGGUAAUUCAUCUUAACAGAACAAGUCGAGGAUGCAACUACGUGCGUCCUUCUUACCGAAUUCCGAUGCACAAUAAGAUGAGAAAUGAACAGCAAAAUUACUAGUCUAUGUCAAUGUACUAUCCCCCAUAGUAGAACAAUUUACUUAAUCAAUUGGUCAGCUUGUCAUUCUGUGCAAGAAAGAAAUAGCCUGAUCAGAGCCUGAAGAUACGGAGGUGCCGUUCCCCUCACAGCUCCGUAGGCAAGCACCAUGGUCUUGUAGCAGAUGCGAGCUUCAACUGGAAGCCAGUGGAGUGUGCGGAGGAGCGGGGUGACGUGAGAGAACUUGGGAAGGUUGAACACCAGACGGGCUGCAGCAUUCUGGAUGAGUUGUAGGGGUUUAAUGGCACAGGCAGGGAGCCCAGCCAGCAGCGAGUUGCAGUAAUCCAGACGGGAGAUGACAAGUGCCUGGAUUAGGACCUGUGCCGCUUCCUGUGUAAGGCAGGGUCGUACUCUCCGAAUGUUGUAGAGCAUGAACCUACAGGAUCGGGUCACCGCCUUGAUGUUAGCGGAGAACGACAGGGUGUUGUCCAGGGUCACGCCAAGGCUCUUCGCACCCUGGGAGGAGGACACAACGGAGUUGUCAACCGUGAUGGCGAGAUCAUGGAACGGGCAGUCCUUCCCCGGGAGGAAGAGCAGCUCCGUCUUGCCGAGGUUCAGCUUGAGGUGGUGAUCCGUCAUCCACACUGAUAUGUCUGCCAGACAUGCAGAGAUGCAAUUCGCCACCUGGUUAUCAGAAGGGGGAAAGGAGAAGAUUAGUUGUUUGUCGUCUGCGUAGCAAUGAUAGGAGAGGCCAUGUGAGGAUAUGACAGAGCCAAGUGACUUGGUGUAUAGCGAGAAUAGGAGAGGGCCUAGAACUGAGCCCUGGGGGACACCAGUGGUGAGAGCAGGUGGUGCGGAGACAGAUUCUCGCCACGCCACUUGGUAGGAGCGACCGGUCAGGUAGGACGCAAUCCAAGAGUGAGCCGCGCCGGAGAUGCCCAGCUCUGAGAGGGUGGAGAGGAGGAUCUGAUGGUUCACAGUAUCAAAGGCAGCAGACAGGUCUAGAAGGACAAGAGCAGAGGAGAGAGAGUUAGCUUUAGCAGUGCGGAGAGCCUCCGUGACACAGAGAAAAGCAGUCUCAGUUGAAUGACCAGUCUUGAAACCUGACUGGUUUGGAUCAAGAAGGUCAUUCUGAGAGAGAUAGCAAGAGAGUUGGCUAAAGACGGCACGUUCAAGAGUUUUGGAGAGAAAAGAAAGAAGGGAUACUGGUCUGUAGUUGUUGACAUCAGAGGGAUCGAGUGUUGGUUUUUUGAGAAGGGGUGCAACUCUCGCUCUCUUGAAGACGGAAGGGACAUAGCCAGCGGUCAAGGAUGAGUUGAUGAGCGAGGUGAGGUAAGGGAGAAGGUCACCGGAGAUGGUCUGGAGAAGAGGAGGGGAUAGGGUCAAGCGGGCAGGUUGUUUGGCAGCCGGCCGUCACAAGUCGCAAGAUUUUAUCUGGAGAGAGAGAGGGGAGAAAGAAGUCAAAGCAUAGGGUAGGGCAGUGUGAGCAGGACCAGCAGUGUCAUUUGACUUAACAAACGAGGAUCGGAUGUCGUCAACCUUCUUUUCAAAGGAUUGAGCAGAGGGAAGAGAUGAUAGGAUGGAAGAGGAGAGAGUAGCGGGAGAGAGAGAGCGAAGGUUGCGACGGCGCAUUACCAUCUGAGUAAGGGCAGAGUGAGUAGUGUUGGAGGAGAGCGAGAGGGAAAAGGAUACAAAGUAGUGGUCGGAGACAUGGAGGGGAGUUGCAGUGAGAUUAGUAGAAGAACAGCAUCUAGUAAAGAUGAGGUCAAGCGUAUUGCCUGCCUUGUGAGUAGGGGGGGACGGUGAGAGGGUGAUGUCAAAAGAGGAGAGGAGUGGAAAGAAGGAGGCAGAGAGAAAUGAGUCAAAGGUAGACGUAGGGAGGUUGAAGACACCCAGAACUGUGAGGGGUGAGCCAUCCUCAGGAAAGGAACUUAUCAAGGCGUCAAGCUCAUUGAUGAACUCUCCAAGGGAACCUGGAGGGCGAUAAAUGACAAGGAUGUUAAGCUUGAAUGGGCUAGUGACUGUGACAGCAUGGAAUUCAAAUGAGGAGAUAGACAGAUGGGUCAGGGGAAAAAGAGAGAUGAGGAUUCCUGUGCCACCACCCCGCUGACCAGAUGCUCUCGGGGUAUGCGAGAACACAUGGUCAGAUGAGGAGAGAGCAGUAGGAGUAGCAGUGUUUUCAGUGGUAAUCCAUGUUUCCGUCAGCGCCAAGAAGUCGAGGGACUGGAGGGUAGCAUAGGCUGAGAUGAACUCUGCCUUGUUGGCAGCAGAACGGCAGUUCCAGAGGCUGCCUGAGACCUGGAACUCCACGUGGGUGGUGCGUGCAGGGACCACCAGGUUAGAGAGGCAGCAGCCACGCGGUGUGAGGCGUUUGUAUAGCCUGUGCGGAGAGGAGAGAACAGGGAUAGAAAGAGGCAUAGUUGACAGGCUACAGAAAAUGGCUACAAUAAUGCAAAGGAGAUCGGAAUGAAAUGAACUAAACAUCUGGGAAAGGAGAGAGCGGGGCCUCCCUCACUUACGUUUCACUGAAACACCCAAUUAUAACUCUCCCAACUUCCACCUCAGAAACUAUAAUUGUUGUAAACUACUGCGGUUCAAUGUUUUCUAGGAAUAGACUAACUUAGUUUAUUCAGCUAGCUAACUUGGUACAGUAUUCUUCCGUGAAAAUCGUCCAGGGCACCUAGUCAUAUGACACCACAGCCAACUAGCAUGUCGGACUCCAACAACACGGUUUAGCACCAAUACUCGUCCACAACAAACCACCAGUGUGUCAACACGCCAAGCAGAUCAUUCGUGUCCGUGUCUAACGUUGUGGGUUAGUCCCGACAGCUUGAGCGAGUCCGUCGUCAACUUAUUCAGCCAGUUAGUUAGCUAGAAUAGUUAGCAUACUAGCUAGCCAUUGCUUUCAGACAAAGAAGAAACCCCUCCUCCCACGGCACGAACACACAGAGAGAGCCAAGCUAAAGUUAACUAGUCACCUGAUGAACUCCUGAUGAAGAAGAGUAGGCUAGAAGACAACUUUGAACAUAGGUCAGUGUGUUAUGAUAAUUGAAGGCAGAAUUAUUCACAGAGACAUACUAUGUUGGCUACCUAGUUCCUUUACCGUAUCCUGAGCAGCUCACCAACCAUUCCUACUUGUUGCUUAGUAAAACUGGACCUUUUCCCCCCAUCUCCCCUAACCUGGACGACGCUGGGCCAAUUAUGCGCCGCCCAGCCUGUUGUGACACAGCCUGGGAUCGAAACCGGGUCUGUAGUGACGCCUCAAGCACUGCGAUGCAGUGCCUUAGACUGCUUUGCCACUUGGAAGGCCCUCAUAUCAAGUUUUUAUAUUAUAUAGUGGAACACAAUCUUCAAAAAGGUACUAACCUCAGCAGUGUGGCACUUGCUUGUAGAAGCUCUUAUUUCCCUAGCCAUUAUCACAGUCAAGACAGACCUAUUUUAUAGUUUUAAAAAACCAUGAUGUAAUAUAACCAAAUAAAAUGGAACAGAAGUGAUGAACAGUUAUUCUCAAAGAGUGAUAAUUUGAAAUGGGGCACAAUUUGUCGAGUUGAAAGACACAUUUGUCAGGGUUACAUCCGAAAUCGGUCUUCUUUUCGAGAUACAGACAUUUAAUUUAAUUUAUUAUGUUAUUUUGGAAUUUUCUAAAUGGAUUAACAAUUCCACAUUGAACACUGCAUGGGGAUGAAUUAUGGCCAUGACAUCUGCUUGAUGAGUAGGCCUAUGCUUAAUGAUUCUGAUGGAAAAUACGAUCUUUGUUUUAGGAUAUUUUUAGUCUGGAACCUGUCUAUAUUUAGUGGGGUUAUAGGCUAACCAAUUUUAGAUUGCGCUAGCAGUUUGCAAAGUAGGGUCGUCACUAGUUACUACAGCCACAAAGUAAUAAACCCCACCGGUUUCUACAAUUUCUCUUCUUAAAAUCUGAUUUUUAAACAACUCUUAACCUUAUGCCAAACCCUAACCUUAAAUUAAGACCAAAAAGCACAUUUUUGUUUUCACGAGUUUUUACCUUAUAUCGAUUUUGACUUUGUGGCUGUGGUAACUAGUGACAACCGCAAAGUAGCCUAACAUGCUGACCACACCGCCGGUGUUGCGUGCUUGAGCGUUGCAAAAUAAAUGUACACGUUAUUCAAUCAUUUAACCCAAACUGCUCGCGCGCGUUAACGAGCGUCUGCGUAGCCAGGUGCUAAAAUAGAACUUGGUUCUAGUUUUGACUCUUGAUGCGCUGCAAGUCCCGCCUCUCCCAUCUCCUCAUUGGUUUUUAGGAGCAUAUACCCACGUGGGUGAUUGAAAGAUGAACUGAGGUCCACACUCCAGUUCAGUUGGUGGUGGUAAUGCACCUUGAAGUUGGUUGCCAACCGCCAUAUAAAGUCCACAGACGAAGAAGAAGACGACAACCGAAGGAGGAGAGAUUACUAGAAACUACAUUUCCCCAUUUACUAGAAACUACAUUCCCCCCACGAUUGUGUGUGUCACUCAAAAUGGGUCAAAAUUCUACAAAGAUCCAGAAAAAAAGGACCUUGUGCAUUUCAGGUAAAAUAACAACCCAAUGUUUAUAUCCCAUGACAAAUUAGCUAGCUAAAUGUCCAUGAAUGGUUCAUGUGUUUCGAUCUCUUCCCAAAUUAAUAUAAUUGGUUCAGAGUUCGUUUUGAUAUUUCAACCUGCUUGUUCCUGAUCGCGUCUGGUGUGGAUGGACAAAAUCAACAUGCGGCGCGAUGGCGCACGCGCGUGCGAGGUGUAGUCGGCGUGUAAGUCGAAAAUGACGCAAUUGUUCCAGAAUUGCAGCUCAUUAUUGGAACACAUAUUUCCCUACUUCAGUCAACCAGUCCAUUUUGAAUUUGUGAUUUAACUGUCAUCAUUUGGCAAGGAACGUAGCUUGUUUAUCCCAUCAGUUAGAUGCGUUUUUAUAGGCAUUUAUUUCUGUAGGCGCAUUCAACACGCGUGUAUAGAGGGAGCAGUCGGAACGCAGUUGAGUGAGUGAGUGAGACACAGAGGGGCUAGGCUACUUUGAAGCAAGGUAAACAUGCCUCAUAAUAUGUAGUAAAAUGUUAAGGUUUCAAACCAUUAAGUAUAUGUUUUCAAAAUUCAUACUACCUCCAGCUCAUUGCAAAGUGGUGUGUGACGCGUUCUAGGCAGUUUACCGUUACAGUGCCUUCAGAAAGUAUUCGUACCCCUUGACUUAUUCUACAUUUUGUUGUGUUACAGCCUGAAUUUAAAAAUGAUUCAAUUUUAGAUUUUGUGUCACUGGCCUACCCACAAUACCCCAUAAUGAAAAGAUGAAAUGUCUUGAGUCAAUAAGUAUUCACCCCCUAUGUUAUUACAAGCCUAAAUAAGUUCAGGAGUAAAAAAAAAUCUCACCCAACUACACAAAAUACCCCAUAAUGACAGUGAAAACAUGUUUUUAAAAAUGUUAGCAAAUGUUAUUGAAAAUGAAAAACUGAUAUUCAUUUACAUAAGUAUUCACACCCCUGAGUCAAUACUUUGUAGAAGCACCUUUGGCAGCUAUUACAGCUGUGACUUUCUGGGUAAGUCUCUAAGAGCUUAACACACCUGGAUUGUGCAACAUUUGCCAUUAUUCUUUUCAAAAAAUUUCAAGCACUGUCAAAUGUAGUGUCCAGUGUAGAUUUGGCCUUGUGUUUUAGGUUAUUGUCCUGCUGAAAGGUGAAUGAAUCUCCCAGUGUCUGGUGGAAAGCAGACUUAACCAGGUUUUCCUCAAGGAUUUUGCCUGUGCUUAGCUCCAUUCAGUUUAUUUUUUAUCCUGAAAAGCUCCCCAGUCCUUAACAAUUACAAUCAUACCCAUAACAUGAUGCAGCCAACACUAUGCUUGAAAAUAUGGUGAGUGGUACUCCGUAAUGUGUUGUAUUGGAUUUGCCCCAAACAUAUUUUUUUUUUAUUCAGGACAAAAAGUUAAUUGCUUUGCCACAUUUUUUGCAAUAUUACUUUAGUGCCUUGUUGCAAAAAUAUUUUUUUGUCUGUACAGGCUUUGUUCUUUUCACUCUGUCGUUUAGGUUAGUAUUGUGGAGUAACUACAAUGUUGUUGAUCAGUCCUCAGUUUUCUCCUAUCGCAGCCAUUAAACUCUAUUUUAAAGUCACCAUUGGCCUCAUGGUGAAAUCCCUGAGCGGUUUCCUUCCUUUUCGGCAACCGUAUCGUUGUAGUGACUGGGUGCAUUGAUACACCAUCCAACGUGUAAUUAAUAACUUCACCAUGCUCAAAGGGAUAUUAAAUGUCUGCUUUAUUUUUUACCCAGCUACCAAUGGGUGCCUUUCUUUGCGAGGCAUUGAAAAACCUCCCUGGUCUUUGUGGUUGAAUCUGUGUUUGAAAUUCACUGCUCAACUGAAGGACCUUACAGAUAAUUGUAUGUGUGGGGUAAAGAGAUGAGGUAGUCAUUAAAAAAUCAUGUUAAACACUUAUUGCACACAGAGCAGGGCAUACAAUUAACUUUUUGGUCCACUAGCCACUGUAGCAGGUAGAUUUUAAAAAAUCUGCCAGACGCUCAGACUUUUUACCAGCCCAAAUAAAUAAAAAUCUGCAAAGAUUACACCAACAAGUUGUAGGAGUCGACUCUUCCUCAACUCACAAAACACACUAAUACGGAUGCGCACACACAUACACACCAUCUCAUUAUUGCAGUCCUACUAGGGAGACUACAUUUGUGUUCUAGAGGACUGACAUGAGCAUGAUGCUGCCCUUUGGCCUAAAAAAUGCCUCUUUUUUUUUUUCUUCUUUUUUUCUUUUUAUAGAAGGUGAUAUGUAGGAACUAUAAUAUUUCAGUAAUAUUUCUGCUGUGUGCAGCCUUGACGGAUCCCACGGGAUGAUGCGGCGCACUCUAUUCUGACAAACCUGUUCUUUGGCAUGUUAUAGCCCUAUUUGGACGGGCAUUACUAGAGACGUUGGUUUUGUAAUUAUUAUCCAAGCAUGUGUGGUAUUCCAGAGGACAAUACACACAGGAUUAGUUUUUCCAAACUGCCCCCUGUAAUUUUAAUUUUUUACUCUUAUGACAGAAGCCUGGAGGUUUUUAUUGUAGGUGUGAAGAUAUUUCAUUAAUUUCAACGUCUUGUCUAGAUGAUAAUGCUCUACACUGCCAAAUGUAUAGGUCUCCCCAUAAUAUUUAAAUUGAUGAAGUGUGGUCAUAAUUAUUUUAGCGAUCCAUCCAUGGUAGAUGUCCUUCCUAAUAACAAUGCCCCACAUCCUGCUGAUUUGAGCUGCUGAACUGUAUUUGCAUUUGACUGUGUUUAUGGAUGAGAAAGUGAACUUGCCAUUUCCAAAAAGUUUAGCGAGGAUACUGCUUUGCGAUCUAUUGCCUUGGACAGGGCUCUCCAACCCCUGUUUGUGGAGAGCCACCAUCCUGUAGGUUUUCAUUCCAACCCUAAUCUAGCUCAAUCAGGUUAGUUACAACUGGGGUUGGAGCAGAAACCUACAGGAAGGUUUGUAGCGCUCCAGGAACAGGGUUGGAGUGCCCUGACCUAGGACAUCAACAGCCAGCCAGGGUUUCAUUAAAUAAUCUAUAGGCAAUACUUUUAUUUGUAUUUAUAGUUGCCGUACCAGGCGGUGAUACAGUCCGACAGGAUGCUCUCAAUUGUGCAUCUGUAAAAGUUUGAGGGUUUUAGGUGCCAAGCCAAAUUUCUUCAGCCUUCUGAGGUUGAAGAGGCACUGUUGCGCCUUCUUCACCACACUGUCUGUGUGGGUGGACCAUUUCAGAUAGUCAGUGAUGUGUACGCCGAGGAACUUGAAGCUUUCCACCGUCGAUGUGGAUAGGGGCGUGCUCCCUCUGCUGUUUCCUGAAGUCCACGAUCAUCUCCUUUUGUUGACGUUGAGUGAGAGGUUAUUUUCCUGGCACCACUCUCCCAGGGCCUUCUACAUCUAGCUACAUAUUGAACUUCCAUCCUCUCAGGCCAGGGGCACAACAAUGUAUGAGAUAAUGGUUGGAUCAGAAUAGCCGUUAUAAUCAUUGGCCAGUAUGGAGAAUUAAGUAAAACCACUAUCUCCAUACAUGGCUAAUUUAGGAAAGGGCCCAUUUUAGCUAGCUAGCCAGCCACCGGAGGACAACAACACAAAGAGAUGCAACAAUUCAAGUUUUUCUGUCAAUGACGUAUGCUCUCAAUGGGAUUUGAUAGAAGUGAUGCCAAAAUCCAAGCUAGCUUCCCCUGACACUUUUUUGUUGUUGCGCCAGCACUAUUCACAAUUGAGCUCGCUCAGUUUAACUCAAUGCUGAUUGGCACAUUUUUGUAUACUUUUUAUCAAGGGAGGCCAGAUGCUCGCUGACUUCCCUUGCCUUCAAUGCUACGGGCAGCAACAAUGUCAUACUCGUUGGUACCAGACAGCAUCAGACAGAACGCCUUCAGGCUCUGAUCAGUCCCUACACCCAAACGAGGGCACUGCGUUCAUCCACCUCUGGCCUGCUGGCUCCCCUACCUCUGCGGAAGCAUAGUUCCCGCUCAGCCCAGUCAAAACUGUUCGCUGCUCUGGCACCCCAAUGGUGGGACAAGCUCCCUCACGACGCCAGGACAGCGGAGUCACUCACCACCUUCCGGAGACAUUUGAAACCCCACCUCUUUAAGGAAUACCUGGGAUAGGAUAAAGUAAUCCUUCUACCCCCCCCCCCCCCCCCUUUACUCCAACCCCACUACCAUUUUUACUACAAUUUUUACUCCUGAACUUAUUUUGGUUUGCCAUAACAAAGGGGUUGAAUACUUAUUGACUCAAGACAUUUCAGCUUUUCAUUUUUAAUUUGUAAAAAUGUCUAAAAACACAAUUAUACCUUGACAUGAUGGGGAAUUGUGUGUUGGCCAGUGACACAUUUUUUUUCUUCUAAAAUGUAAUCCAUUUUAAAUUCAGUCUGUAUUAACAAAAUGUGGAGAAAGUCAACGUGUGAGUACUUUCUGAAGGCAUUUGAAUGGGAAGUGCACUUCAAUUACCAGUUGAGAAAUAAAAACAGUAGCUAUUGUUAAUGGUGGCUAUCAAAACAGUUAACACAUUCAUUCAUUUAGAAUUGUUGCACAAUGAUUGGGCUUAUAAAAUCAUGUUUCACUCCAGCAGCAACAGGAGCUGUAGCAGCAGCUCUCACAUUGUCUGACUGAUUUUCCGAUAAGCAUGACCGGUCAAAUGUAUUUACAUCGACUGGUAUUUUCAUCAAUGAAUGGGCUAAAUAGCAUUGUUUUUCAAUGGGAUUUUUUUUCCCCCCAAGACAAUUGGCCAGCGCCAAUUUUAUUUAUUGACUUUUCAUUGUUUUUAUCAUCCAAAAGCCGGCUAUUACCGGCUAACCUGGUACUGAGAUAUACAGAAUGUGUGUUUUGCUUGUGUUUUUAGGAGUUAGAGGAUCUGCUGCCUGCACGUGCGGAGGUUCCAGUCAUCUCAUCGGAGGCGGAAGAGGUUGACCUCCAGGACUGUGAGGUCAGAGGUCAGGGGUCAGCGGGGGCCAGGAGAGAGGCCUACAAUGACAGCUCUGAUGAGGAGGGGGGACCACAUGGCCCGGGGGUACAGUGUGCCCACCAGUAG